UUUAUUUUAAAUUUUUAAUGGCUUCAGAAUUAGUAAUAACCGAGAUUUACAAAGACUAAUUUGUAUAUUGGAAUAGUGGGAGAAAUUGUAGAUAAUGAGUUUGGGACUAUUAGUAAAUUCCGGUCAAUGGUCAAUCGCAUUCGGGUAUACCUAAUAGGUCAGUCUUGUUUGAAUCUCAUUGCCAGGCACAUCGAGUACGAUUACACUUGGCUGAAAUUUAAAAUAUCAGUGACUUUUUUUUUUUUUGUUAUUAAUUUUUCAUUUAUAUAAAAUUUAUUUGAACAACACACAGCAUCAAGAAGGCAGCAAUAAUUUACAUUGGAGUUAACAAGGAAAAAAAAGAUUAAAAAAUAUGAACAACUUUUUAAUAUACUUGUUAUUUAUCACAACGGCGUGGGCUUCACAGUGUCCGGAAAGUAACAAAUGUGAAAACUAUGAAAUAGUUUCAGCUGAUACGCACGAAAUUUAUUACGGUGUUAUUGAUAAAAAUAAAUUAAUUUCAAUAUUAUUGGAGGAUGUCGUAGAUUCUGUCAUUAGCUCAAAAUUUUUAUCAAAUUGGCCUCAGUUAUCAGACUUGACAUAUUCUUCAAAAAAUAAAAAUAAUUUGAAUGUUAAUUUUCUACAAUGUAAAUUUCCUGAGGUGACCGAUAUCAGUAAUGCAGUUCGAAGAAUAUAUAAACAUGUAAAUAUCACUAAAUUAGUGAUACAAUCAUCUUUAUUUGGUGACGGAUUUGCGUCAUUGUCGAAAGAAUAUUUGAAAGACUUGAAAAGUCUCCGUAGAAUUUCGUUGAUUGACAACAUGAUGGAAAACAUUGGCAAUGAUUUCUUUGAAGGUUUUUCGAAACUCGAAUAUCUUUCGUUAAGAAAAAGCCAACUGAAGAAAAUUUCCCCCAAAUUAUUGGAGCCUUUGUCAAACUUAAAACAAGUAGAUUUAUCAGACAAUGAUUUUUCGACUCUAAGCCCAACGUUACUUCACAAUAACACGAAAUUAGAAUCAUUUGAAUUGUCAAAUAAUGCUCAGUUUCUUCCUUUGCUGCCCAAUAAAUUUUUUGUAAACUUGAAAAAUUUAAAAGAAGUCAAAAUAACAAACAGUCAUGUCAUGCAACUCCCAGAAGAUUUAUUUUUAGGAACUACUGGAUUGAAAAAAUUGAAUUUAUCAACGAAUCAUCUGUUUUACAUUCCACGAGAAUUAUUUGAAGAUUGUAAAAAUUUAAAAACUUUGGAUCUUAGCUCAAAUCAUUUUUCUAAUAAUCUUUUUUUCUCUGAUAAAGCAUUUACGUCAUUAAACAAAUUAGAGAAUCUACAUUUGUCUAAUAAUAAUAUUACGUCACUUGGCAGUAAUCUUCUUGCUGGCUUAUCAUCACUAAAUUAUUUGGAUAUGAGUCACAACGACAUGAUAACAAUAGACCCACGUGCGUUUUACAAUUUGGAAAGUCUUAAAUACGUCGACUUUUCUAAUAACUUUUUGACACUCAAAUCGGACAGUUAUAUUGAUGAAUUUAUUUCAAUUUCACCAUUUCACUACAUCAAAAAAUCUGUACAAGAAAUAAAUCUUGCCUACAAUAAUAUCAGUGAAAUUUUUGGUGACUGGAUUUUAGCAGCUGAUAUUAGAACUUUGAAUCUCAGUCAUAAUUAUGUUACUUCUUUAAAGACGGCAGAUCUUCAAUUUGUAUCACGAGAUGUUUACUUGGAUUUAUCUUUCAACAAAAUAGAGCAGAUUUAUUUUGGAGAAGUUGAAAUUUCUAAUGAAGAUCAUUCAAACUUGAUUACCGUGGAUAUAAAAUAUAAUCCGUUAAUUUGUGAUUGCAAUAUGUACAAUACUUUGGUAUUUUUGGAAAACAAAAUGCCUUUCGCAACCGUAAUAUUUGAACUGGCUAUUGAUAAAUUUAAAUGCAAUGGAAAAGUUAGCCCACCCAAAACUUAUACUUGUGAAUUUGAAAAAAUAUUAUUAGAUGAUGAAAUUGGAAUGUGUCCUGAAAAUUGCUCCUGCAAAGUCAGACCAGCAGACCAACGUUUUUUGGUCGACUGUUCAUAUCGAGAACUUACAGUAGCGCCGAGUGUCAUCAAUUGGUUCCUUUCCGCUGAUAUAGAAGUCAAUUUAACAGGGAAUCAUUUAACAAGAAUUCCAUUUAAAAAUCAAGCUGGAUACAACCAAGUCACUGUUCUUUCACUUUCACAUAACAAAAUAAGUGAAAUUCCACUAAAUAUGUCGUUCAACUAUUUAGAAGAAUUAUAUUUAGACAAUAAUGAUAUAACUAAUAUUGAUGAUGAAAUUUUGGAGAUACUACAGAUAUCAAAACAUCUGAGAAAUCUCACUCUACAUAAUAACAAACUGGCAUUCGAUUGUGAUUCACGUAAUUUACUAAAAUUUAUCCAGAAGAUGCAAGUGAAAAUUCCCGAACUACAAAAAAUAACUUACGGCCACAAUAAAAUACCUAUUUCUAAAAUUACUCCUGAGGAAUUGUGUCUAUUGAACCUCGAGUGGGUAAUUUAUGUUUGUAUCAUAAUCGCUAUUAUAGGAAUAAUUAUUGGAAGUCUUUUCGUAUGGUAUUGUCAUUAUGAACACGAAAUAAAAGUAUGGCUGUACGCUCAUGAGUUGUGUCUCUGGUUUGUUACUGAAGAAGAGCUUGACAAAAAUAAAAUUUUCGAUGCAUUCAUAAGCUUUUCGCACAAGGAUGAAGAAUUCAUAGCAUAUGAGUUAGUUCCAAAGCUACGACAAGGACCUAAUCCACUGAAACUCUGUGUAAAUUAUCAUAGUUGGAUAGCAGGUGAAUGGGUUCCUCAACAAAUCUCAAAAUCUGUUGAUCAAUCUCGUCGAAUAAUUAUUGUUCUUUCUCCAAAUUAUUUGGACAGUAUCUGGGGUAAAUUGGAGUUUCGUGCUGCUCAUAAUCGAGCACUUGAUGAAGGACGAGCUCGAGUUAUUGUUAUUCUUUAUGGCGGUAUCCAGCCAUCGGAUAUCGCUGAUCCUGAAUUGAAGGCGUAUCUCAAUAUGAAUACUUAUGUCCAGUGGGAAGACCCAUGGUUCUGGGACAAAUUGAGAUACGCUCUUCCUCAUUCUAAAAGUUUGGUGAAGAAAAAUAAGACUGUGUUCAAAACUCAUCAUCCGACUUUACAAAUCAACAAUGAUAAUGAUAAGACAUCAAAAUUAUUGACCGAGAAGAUUGAAAAAUGUACUCCAGAUAUUUUAGUUAUAUAUUUUAUAAUUAUGGCUUGCGGCUUAUCAUACUUUUUCCUGGUUUCACUGAUCACAUCUUCAGUCUGGGCUUCAAAUUGCCCAGGAAGCGAAAAUUGUCAGACCUGUGAAAUUGCUUCCAGCGAUACGUAUUACUUAUAUUACGGCAUUAUUGACAAUCUAGAUAUAUCUUCAAAGUAUGAAAAUCCCGAAGACGUAAUCAUCACUUGCAAUAAUCCAUCCAAUCAAUCUGAUUUAUAUAAUUUGAAAUACUACAAAGAUUUUAAACAUUUAAUUAAAUUUAUAACAAUUGCAAAUAUCAACGCAAUUAAUAUCCCCGAUGAUUUAUUUUCCCAAGUUUAUAACUUGGAAUAUUUAGAUUUAUCUAGAAAUAAAAUUUCCUCUAUUUCCAAUAGAUUACUAAGCGAUUGCGAUAAUUUGAAAACUUUGAAUCUUAGCUCAAAUUAUCUUUCGACAAAUAGCUUCGAUUCUGAUCACGCAUUUCCAUUUUUGAAUAGAUUAGAGUCGCUAGACUUAUCUAAUAAUGAUAUAACGUCACUUGGCAGAAAUUUUUUUACCGGGCUAUCAUCAUUGAGUUAUUUGAAUAUGAGUCAUAAUAAUAUGAGAACAAUUGAUUCACUCGCAUUUCAAAGUCUGCAUAAUCUUAGAACUGUAGACUUUUCUCAUAAUUAUCUAGCAUUGAAAUCAAAUAGAUUUAUAAGUGAAUUUGGUUCAAUAUCACCAUUUCAUUUUUCUCAAAAAACUUUGGUAGAUAUGAAUCUCGCUUACAACAAUAUUGAUGAAAUUUUUGCAGAUUGGAAUUUUGCUAUCAAUUUAAAAACUUUAAAUCUAAGUCAUAAUCAUCUGACUGUAGUGCGGCAAAUAGAACUGCAAUUUCUAUCUAAUAAAGUAUAUGUCGACUUAUCCUUCAAUGACUUAAAUAAAAUUGACUAUAGAGCAAUUGAAAUUUUCAGUAAAUACAAUGAAAAUCGUAAAACUUUUAUAAACAUUGAAAACAAUCCUGUGGAAUGUAACUGCGAGUUGUACAAAAUGAGAAUAUAUUUAGAAGAAAAAUAUAAGGAUGUUAAUAAUGAAUUGAUUAAAUCAGCAAUUGAUAAAUUUAAAUGCAGUAGACCGGAAACUGAGACUGAUAGUUAUAUAUGUAAAUUAGAUAAACCCUUGGAAAAUAUUACUGGGGAAUGUCCUUCGGUCUGCAGCUGUACAAUAAGACCAGAAGACAAAACUUUGUUGGUAGAUUGUUCUUACCGUCAGCUCAAUAAAGCACCGGAUGCUAUUCCUUGGCUCCCUGGAUCGAAUAUUGAAUUAAAUCUAACUGGUAAUCAUUUGACGAGAAUUCCUUCAAAAAAACAAAUUGGGUACAAUCAUACCACUGUUCUUUCAUUGUCAAACAACAAAAUAGAUGAAAUUACAAUAGACUUGCCAUCAGAUAAUUUAGAAAAACUGUAUUUAGACCACAAUAAUUUACAAAGAAUUGACAAAAAAGUACUAGACUUACUGCGAACUUCAAAAAAACUUAAAAGUCUGAGUUUGCAUGGUAACGAAUGGGAAUGUAACUGUGCUACACGUAAUUUAUUUAGUUUUAUUCAAGUAAUGGAAGAGAAAAUUCCCGAGUUAAAAAAAAUCACCUGCGAUGGAACUAACGUAUCUAUUUUUACAAUGGCUCUAGAUAAAUUAUGUCCAUCGACUAUUUCCUGGGUCAUUGGUCUUUGUAUCGUAAUUGGUAUCUUGGGAAUUAUCAGCGGAGUUUUUUUAGUAUUUCACUGUCCUAAGGCCAAAGAUGAGCUUAAGAAAAAAAAAUCUGUUUAUGAAAUUCAUCGUCCAACUAUUCAGAUCACCAACGAAAAAAAUGAACUAGUGUCUGCUAUUGUCUUUUAAAAUUAUCAAUUAAAAAAAAGCCACAAAUAUCGGAAUUAAUAUUCAUUUCAUCAUCACGGAUGUCAUUUGAUGUUGAAGAACUUUCAGUAUCCGAACCAUUAUUUGAUUCAAACCAUAGAUUUACGAUAUCAUAUGAUACGCCUAAGAGAUAAUAUAUGAAGCGGUGGUGAUUCUAUUGCCAUUGAAUUGUUAAUUAAGUUUAGAUUCAGCAAGUUCACCCAACGUAAAGAGUGAUAGCCAAUACGGUUGAUACUUAAUUCUAAGUAUUCGGAGUGACCGAUGUACAUACAUAAUUUUUGUAUAUAUUUUAUACUUAUAGACUCAGAUAAAUUGUAAUAUCGAAACAAAGUUUUCGUAAUUUGUAUUAUAAUUUAUACACAAUAUGUUGAAUUAAUUUUUAAAUUAGUAACAAUAAAAUUUUAAUAACGAUAAAAAUGUA